GUCUUUCAUUUUAACUUGCGCUUUCUGCAUAUAUCCUCUGCUUUGAAUUAAAAAUGGCUUUCAAACCCACGUUCUACUCUCUUUUGGUCUUGCUCUUUCUCUUGCUGGUAGUUAUGGAAGAAGCUUCUGGUUGCCAUACUGGCCAUGUCAUGAGGUGCUUAUAUCCAAAAGCAACACUUCCUCUGGAUAUUCAAGGCAGAAAGGUACUAGUUGUUUCCAAGAGAUCGUCAAGAAGCAAUUUAAAUGUUGAGAAGUUGGUUGUGGAAGAGUUGAGGACGGUUCCCUCUGGACCAGACCCUUUGCACCAUAAUGGUGGUAACCCCAAGAAACCGACAACUCCAUGACUCCUCUAAUAAAAAACCUACGUCUGAAAGUAGUACUUCUCUACAAGUGUACUCGACUCUGGCUUUUGUUUUUAAGUUUUCCCUGUUUGUUAGGGAGGGUAACUCUCUUAAUUUUGUAUGCAGGUUUUGGUAUUAUAUAUAGUUGAACUCGUGAUUUUAUUAAAUAUAUAUAUAUAUAUAUA